AUGGACACGUUCUUGCUCAUCUCAAGAUAUCCACCCUAUCGAGCAUGCGUCCGCUCAAACCAUCCUUUGCGGAUCCUAACCAUUGUUUGUAUCUUUCCCGACUAUGACGACUUUCCAGCGGAGGGUGAAUUGUUUCUAUCGCGAAUCUUACGUCCAUGGACUCAUGCGCCUGACAAGAUGCAACCUUUGGAUUACUCUAUAGACCGACCCGGGAAUCACUUGGAGAAUACUCGGAAACUUCCUCAGCUGCCAGAGAAUGACUCUUUGACAUGUCGGGGUGUCAAAUCUCGUUUGCGAUCGGACGCUGGGAGCUGUGAGGAUGUGGAUGGAUGUGGAUGGAUGUGGAUUUGGCGUAGUGGUACUCGAGGAGGGAGAUGGCUCAGACUAGUGGUCAGCUCUCGACAUGUGCCAGGGAAGUUCUCCAAGCGCUGGUUCCCGCCUGCCGUCGGCGAGUUAUCAAGAAACGUUGAUGAAUGGGCGACUCGGUCAUGCUGCUUAUCGAGCAAAGAUGUGGAAGUAAACGAUCUUGAUGUCCAACAGGUUGAAGAGCACCUUCAGAUGCAUGUGAUGGCCAAGUCCUGCUCAAGGCCUCAUCUCCACGCCACCACUUUGGAAACACACGGUUUCUUCUUCUGCCCCACCAAAUCAUCAACUCGUCUUCGUCCUGGCCUUGAUUUGUUUUCCCGUCACAAUCAAGACUUCUUCAAACACAACCAGCACCCGCAACUGCAACAUCAUAGCCAGAUUCAGUCCGGAAGAUCCACUACGUCCGAAGAGCCAUGCUCAGAGCAGACGUUUGAUUUGGUUCCCAUACUACAGCUGGCACUCGGCCCUUCCUCUAAAUAG